AUGUCUUCCAGUCACCCACCACAACCGGCAGCGUCUGCCCUUCCCGCCGACGGCCUCAACGUUCUUUCACCAGCGCCAAUACAAACCGAAUCCAGCCCUCUGCUCCCCAAGCCGCCAUCAGCUUCCUCAUCCUCCUCAGAAGCUGUCAGCGAGGCCGGCACCGAAACAGAAGAAUCCACACUCAUAGCCCAGCCACUUUCUCCCGCCAGGCUCUACAUAACUCUCACCUCAUCCUACCUGGGCGUCUUCCUCGGCGCAGUGGACGCCUCUAUCAUUGUCACUUUGUCUGGACCCAUCGCCUCAGAGUUCCAGUCCCUGUCACUGUUAUCAUGGCUUGCGGCAUCAUACCUCAUCGCCAAUGCUGCUUGUCAGCCCCUGUCGGGUAGACUCACCGAUAUCUUUGGUCGUGGGCCGGGACUCGUCUUCUCCAACUUGAUGUUCGGCCUUGGUAACCUCAUUUGUGGGUUGGCAAAGAACGAACAGCAAAUCAUCCUCGGACGAGUCAUCUCUGGAGUGGGAGGCGGUGGGCUCAUGAGCAUCAGCACUUUCCUUGCCACGGAUCUGGUUCCAUUGAAGAAAAGAGGCGUGGUGCAAGGGCUGGGGAACAUUGCUUAUGGCACAGGCGCUAUGCUGGGUGGCGUAUUUGGCGGCUUCAUCAACGACACUUCGUCCUGGGGUUGGAGGUUGGCUUUUUUGAUUCAGGUCCCGAUCAUUGCUGUCAGUGGUGGAUUGGUGGCUUAUCUGGUGAGGGUGCCGCCCAAGGUAUCCAACAAGAGCUUGAUCUCGAGGAUCGACUUCCUGGGUGCCUUCUUUAUCGUCGGGUUCUUGGUCUUGACGCUGCUCGGGCUUAAUGCCGGCGGGAAUUUGGUCAGGUGGACGGAUCCAUUGGUCUUGACGAGCAUUCCGCUGGGUGUCGCAAUGCUCUUUGCCUUGGUGUGGUGGGAAGGCAGGGUGAAGCAACCGAUUAUCCCGGUGAAGCUAUUGGUUGAAAGGACUGUUGCUGCAGCGUGUAUCACGAAUUUUUGCAGCUCCAUGGUGAUGAUGAUGACCAUGUUCUAUGUUCCACUGUAUCUCCAGGUCCUUGGCUACACACCCACACAAUCCGCAUAUCGCAUCCUCGCAUCUUCGGUCGGCGUCUCGUUCGCGUCGGUCGGCAGCGGGUUGAUCAUGAAGCAAACUGGCAAGUAUGUCGGCCUGGGCAGAAUUGUCUUGUCAGUGUACACGAUCGCCAUUGCUCUCAACACAUUGCUGGACCAGUACACGCCACCUUGGAUCCCGUUUGUUUCCAUGACCCUCCACGGUGCUGGAUACGGUGCUAUGCUUACUGUUACCCUCCUUGGCUGUAUUGCUGCUGUUGAACACUCGCAGCAAGCCGUGAUCACGAGCGCUACGUAUGCCUUCCGGUCGGUAGGCACCACGCUCGGCAUCACUGUCGCAUCGGCCGUCUAUCAGAACAUCCUGAAGGCAAAGCUGUGGGAAAGAUUCGGUGAUCUGCCCGGUGCGGCUGAGGAGAUCAACCGAAUCCGUGAUGAUCUUGGGGAGUUGGGGCGGUUGCCUGAGGGUUGGCAUGAUGGUGUAAUUGCGUCGUUUAUGGAGGCGUUCAGAGGAGUCUGGCUGACUGCGCUUGGCUUGACUGUCAUUGCUCUGAUCAGUGUCUCCUUGAUGAAGCAGCACAAGCUGCACUCGACGUUAACCAGGCAGGAGGAAUAG